AAAAUGGCGGAAUUUAUCUCGAAUUAGUUGCAAAGAAAUCAAAAGUAAAGAAAGGAAAGGGGAAGGAAUUGUCUCCGAAAAAAAAACUCUUAGAGUAAAAUUUUGUACUAAAAGUUUUUAAAAAUUUGCUUAUUACAAGCUCUCCAAAAUGCUUUUCUUGUUUGGAUUUUCUUUGAUUCUCUCAAUAUUUGCUGCAAUAAAAUGCCAACAGUGUCCAGAUCGGUAUAAGAGAUACAGUGUAAACCAUUCUUUCUGCAAACCACAAAAUCGUACUUGUUCCAUUGUCAUCGAAGGAGUAAGAGAUAAGGAUAAGGCUCUCAUAUUGGAUUUGCACAAUAAAUACAGAAGCAAAGUAGCUCAAGGAUUAGAAAAAAGAGGUGGGGGUCUACCAAAAGCAAGCAAUAUGAUGCAGCUGUUCUGGGACAAAGAACUAGAAGCUGUUGCAACGAAUUGGGCUAAACAGUGCAUUUACAAGCACGAUUGUUCAGACUGCCGUAAAGUGGAAAACUUCGCUGUCGGGCAAAACAUUGGAUACAUAGAGAAUUAUUGUCCUUCUCGUGGAAAAUGUGAUAUACCUCAACGAAACUGGACUGGCAUAAUACAAUUGUUUUAUGAUGAAGUCGCAAUUUUCCCGAAACGCUUUUUAAGCAACAUGCAAUUUGUUGGGCAAAGUGAAUAUGGUCAUUUCACUCAGAUGGUCUGGGCAGAUACAUGGAAAAUAGGCUGUGGCUACAUUAUUUACAAGAAUGGAAACGCAUACAGGCAGUUCUUCGUCUGCAACUAUGGUCCCCAAGGAAAUAUUCUAAAUCAACCUAUGUAUAAACCUGGAUUACCGUGCACUGGCUGCCCAUCGAACUCUUGCUGUGGCUAUGGAUGCAAACAUGUUGUUUAUCCAGGUCUAUGCCAAAUGAAAAACCCAUAUGAAGCUCCCAUCUACCCACCUGAAGGAAAAUAUUUGUUUUCCUGUAAAUUCGUGUCUCUGGAUGGUGAUUGCAAGUUUAGUACAACACCGGGUAAUCGUUGGAGCAUCCGAAAUACACUAAGUGGCAAGUACGUAGGUGUGACUCUUCCUGGAGGCUCAAAAGCUAAUAUAGACUUCAGCAAGCCGAUCAAAGCAAAGAGUAAUACUUUUUGUAUCAUUAUAAAUUACAGAAAAGGUCCGACAAUAGCUGGUAAAGCAGAUACCAUUAAAGUAAAGGUUCAUCUUGAGGCGAAAGGCCUCAAAACUAAUGACAUAUCUUUAGAACCAGAAACGGGCCCAGAUUUCUUCAGGCAUACUUUGUUUGCUCCGUGGAAUGCUGAAACUAAGAUUUCUAUUAUUCUUUCUGUGCCAGUGAGUUCACAACCUCAGUACUUUGACCUGCAGAGUAUCUUUGCUCAGGAAGGCAAAUGCAAGUAACUUGUUUAAACAGUGCAUACAGAUCUAGAUUGUUUUGAUGAUUUCCCAUCGUAUAUUAUCACAUGCCAUUCGGAAUUCGUAUCUGAAAUGUUGAGAACUGACAUCUCCUGUAAUGAAAAAUUACCAAUCAUUCAUAAACAUUUAACAUUUUUAUCAUUUUAUGGUAAAGCAAUGAGCUUAUAUCAGGACUGAAACACAUGAAUCUUUGAAAAAUUGCAUAAUUUGUAAUUAACUAUCUGAGUGGUACUGCUCAUGAAGACCUGCAUUUAAACAGUUUUAUUAGAUAAAUUUGUAUAGUUACUUAUUAUCUAUUUUCAUAAACUUACAUUCAUUAAGAUGAUAUUUACACCAUUAAAGAAAUUAAGAAAGAAAAAUAUUUUAAAAUUAUAUGCUGAUAUACCCCCCCUCCAAUUUACAAGAUAAGGGCGGCCAUGCCACUCAGGUGCUUAACUCAUACCAGGAAUUAAAAUGAAUGUAAUUGAUUCUACACUACAGCUUAUUUUGCAUUUAAUAAAAAGUGCAAGAGUAUUUUCUGAUAA